GUGUUUGUAGGAAAAUGGCUGAACUCCAAGCUGCUUCUCCUGCUCACUGUUACGCUGGACCUGGAGAUGUGGAGUGUGAUUCCUGUAUUGGAAGAAAACGCAAAGCCACUAAUACCUGUCUGGUGUGUCUGGCCUCCUAUUGUGAAGCUCAUCUUAAACCUCACUAUCAGUCUCCUGCCUUUAAGAAGCACAAGUUAGUUGAAGCCUGUGCAGAGCUCCAAGAGAAGAUCUGCUCUGAACACAACAAACUGAUUGAUAUCUACUGCCAUACUGACCAAAGCUUCAUCUGUUAUUUAUGUAUGAUAGAUGAACACAAAGACCACAAUACGGUUUCAACUAAAGCAGAAAGAACUCAGAAACAGAUUGAGCUAAAGGAGGAGCAGAAGAAAUUCCAGGUGAAGAUGCAGAAUAAGAGCCAAAAGGUGCAACAGGUGAAACAGACUAUGGACUCUAUUAAGAUGUGUUAUAAGGCAGCAGUAGAUGACAGUGAGAGGAUCUUUACUGAGAUGAUCAGCUCCAUGGAGAAAAAGCGCUCAAAGGUGACAGAGCUGAUCAGAGCUCGGGAGAAAGCUGAACUGAGUCGAGCUGAACGAGUCCUGAAGCAACUGGAGCAGGAGAUUGCUGAUCUUCAGAGGAGAGUCACUGAGCUGGAGCAGCUUUCACACACACACGAUCACAUCCACUUCCUCCAGAGUUUCCCAUCUCUCUGUGUUUCUCCUGGAUGUGACGACUCCCCCAGCUUCACUGUCAGUCAACAUCUCUCAUUUGAUGGAGUGAGGAAAUCUCUCUCAGAUCUGAAAAAAUGAGUCGAGGAAAUUUGUGAGGAGGAAUUCAACAUAACCCAUCCACAUGCUGCGGCAGUUCAGAUGGUUUUACCCUCAGAACCAAAGAGCAGAGAAGAUUUUCUGCAGU